ACUAUUUGCUUGGAAUAGGCCCAGAAAAGCAAAUCUCGAAAUAGAAUCAGGCCUUUGGUUCGAUUUGGUCUUCAAAAAAGCGCCUCGCCGCUUCACUUUUCUUUGGCGCGCUAAAAACCAUUUCCCCUUUCAACAAUUUCUACUCGUUGACGUCAAGAUCUCGCUUAAGAAAGGAAGGAAUUCCCAAAACCCAAGCGCUAAACCCCUAGGAAUUCGUUUGCUCUGAGAAUAGUCGAAUUCAGUCACCAUGAGUUUUUUGUGAACUUCAUACCAUCGAGUGUGGCUAACAGUUUUUUCCCUCUCUGCUUUGGUCUUCUGCAGUAGACCAAUGGAUGAGGACGCUACAGACAAGAAUGAGUCAGAGGAUUUCAGCACUGGGCCACUUUCUGUUCUCUUGAUGAGUGUUAAAAAUAACACACAGGUGCUCAUUAACUGCCGCAACAACAAGAAGCUUCUUGGACGUGUGAGGGCAUUUGACAGACACUGCAACAUGGUUCUAGAAAAUGUCAGGGAGAUGUGGACUGAGGUGCCAAAAACUGGAAAAGGCAAGAAGAAAGCUCAACCAGUCAACAAAGAUAGGUUCAUCAGUAAAAUGUUCCUUCGAGGGGACUCUGUUAUCAUUGUUCUUAGGAAUCCAAAGUGAGAUGCGGAUGUUCUUUCUAUCUUCAUCUGUAACUUGUUCACUCUCUUUGAGCAAGUGUGAAUCGUAUUCUUUUUGUUGUGCUUUGAGAGUUUAUUGUGGUGCUAAUAUUGGCAUACUUGUUUUCCUCCAACUAGCUAGUUUUUAGACCGUGUUCUCGUUCUAAAGGCAAUUAUCAUUUUUUUUUCCCUGGCUCAAUAUUUAUGAGAUUAUGAGACAGCAGCAGGUUUUGCUGAAUUUUCCA